GGGCUCCUCAGGCGUGCAGAACGGCUUGCUGGUGGUGAACAUGCUGAUCGACAGCCACCGGGGCCUGGCAGAGCAGCUGGCAAGCUGCGAUCUCCCCACGGUGCUGCAGAGCUGCUGGUGGGACGGGCAGAGCACCGGCUGCCCUCACGCGAUGCUGGCCCUGAGCGUGAUCAACCGCCUCGCGGAGCACCGGCUACCCACAGGCCCGAAGACGGCAGGCAGAGAGGCCCCACUGGACCUGAGGGACAUGCGGAUGCUUCUGGGCGGCCUGGGGGACGGCGUCUUGUCCAAGGACGUGGUGGUGGCCCUGGAGCGGCAGCUCUGUGGUGAAGGCCCCAUCCCCUCUGGCGAGGCGGCCCAGCUGCUGCAGGACCAGAGGUGCUUCAGGCUGCUGCUGCGCAGCUUUGAGCUGCUGGGGGCGGAGAAGGCCGUGAGCCUGAGCAUCCUCAGGGUCCUGAACAAGUUCCUGGACGGUUACCAGGAGGAUGUGCUGCCCUGGCACGAGUGUGUGGAGCCCUGUUUGUCCUCCCUGAGUGCCCACAGCAGCGACCGGGAGGUGGUGCAGGAGGUCGUUGGCUUCCUGCACCGCCUGGCCACCGCCAGCAAGGACUGCGCGGUGGUGAUGUGCCGCGUGGGCACCCGCGAGGCUCUGUCCAAAGCCCUGGCCAAGCACAGCACGGCCCCGUCGCUGGCGCCAGCCCUGCUCGACCUGGUGAUUGACUGCGAGAAGUACGCCAGUCUCUACAAGAAGCUGACGACCAGCAUCUUGGCUGGCUGCAUCCAGCUGGUCCUGGAGCUGAUUGAGGAGCACCGUCGGAGCCACCGGCCCAUCAGCAUCCCCUUCUUUGACGUCUUUCUACGCAACCUGUGCCGAGGCUCCAGCGUGGAGGUGAGGGAGGACAAGUGUUGGGAGAAGGUGCAGGUCUCCUCCAACCCGCACCGGGCCAGCAAGCUCACGGACGGGAACCCCAAGACGUACUGGGAGUCGAACGGCAGCACCGGCUCCCACUUCAUCACUGUCCACAUGCAGUGUGGUGUGGUGGUCAGGGAGAUGAGCAUGCUGGUGGCCAGCGAGGACUCGAGCUACAUGCCGGCCCGUGUGGUGGUGCUGGGGGGAGACAGCCCUGCCACCAUCAGGACUGAGCUCAACGCGGUGACCGUCCUGCCCUCGGACAGCAAAGUGAUCCUGCUGGAGAACAUGACCCGCUUCUGGCCCGUCAUCCAGAUCCGGGUGAAGCGGUGCCAGCAGGGCGGCAUUGACACUCGUGUGCGUGGCAUCGAGGUGCUGGGUCCCAAGCCCACUUUCUGGCCCAUCUUCAGGGAGCAGCUGUGCCGGCGGACGUUCCUCUCCUGCACCGCUCGGGCUCACGCCUGGUGCCAGGAGAUCUGCCAGGACCGGGGGCGACUGCUGCAGCUCUUUGGCAGGCUGAACCGGGUGCUGCGGCAUGAGCAGGGCUUCGCCGACCACUUCCUUCCUGACGACGAGGCGGCCCGGGCCUUGGGCAGGACGUGCUGGGAGGCCCUGGUGAACCCCUUGGUGCAGAGCAUCACCAGCCCAGACCCCCAUGGCGUCAGCCCCCUGGCCUGGCUGCUGAGCGAGUACCUGGAGAGCGUGGAGCCGCCCCACCGCCCCACGAGCCGCGGUGCUGUCUUUGGUUCCCGUGUGCGGCGCCUGACCCAGCUCCUGGUGCACGUGGACCCCGAGGGCCCAGAGCCAGAGGAGGCAAGAGCAGCUGGCAGGAAGGAGGGGAAGAACAAGGAGGUGCCGGCCAGGGCUGCGAAGGUGGUGGUGGAGAAGUCAAGCAGCCUGUGGAGCAUCUCGCAGUGCUGGCGUGGCGUGGUGCAGCAGCAGGUGCAGCAGUUCCUGGAGGCGGCAGGGCAGGCACCGGACCUUGUGGAGCGAUACUGCGGGCUGUACCAGCGGCUGCGUGGCGCCACGGAGGAGCUCUUUGGGCAGCAGGCCGCCUUUGUGCUGGCCCUGGGCCAGGGCUUUGCGGGCGCUUUGCUGCAGCUCUCCUUCCUCACCACCCUGCACGUGAGCGAGCAGUUUGCCCGCUACCUUGACGGGCAGAUCCAGGAGCUCCACGGGGCUGUGGGCAGCGCAGGGCCGCUGCAGCGGCUGCAGCAGAUCCUGGAGCCCUUUGUCGUCUUCAGUGGCCUGGAGCUCGCCCACGCCUUUGAGCACUUCUACCGGCACUACCUGGGGGACCGGCUCCUGGCACAAGGCCCGUCUUGGCUGGAAGGAGCCAUCGUGGAGCAGAUCGGGCUGUGCUUCCCCAGCCGCUUGCCCCAAGAGAUGCUGCGCAACUUGGCCGAGUCGGAGGAGCUCCAGCAGCAGUUUUACCUCUUCCGGCUGCAGGAGCAGGACAAGCGGCUGCUGGAGCUGGACGCGGACCUGGACGAGGUGAGCGCACCGGGGAUGGCCUCGGUGACAGAUGUGCCGGAGGUGAAGGUGCUGGCCCUGUCCCCGCGCUGCUGGCCCGUUUCCCCGUCCUGCUACAUGGAUGAACCUGGGAGGUUUUUCUCGGUGGCCCUGAGCUCCCCCCUGGAUGAGUUUGCCGUCUUCUGCAGGCGGAGCCAGAGCCAGCUGGGCUGGGAGUGCACGAAGCCCCGGCGGCUGCAGUGGACGUGGCUGGGCCAUGCCGAGCUGCAGUUUGGAGACUGCGUCCUCCACGUGUCCACGCUGCAGAUGUACAUCCUGCUGUGCUUCAACAGCGCCGAGGAGGUGGCUGUGGAGGCCCUGCUGCAGGCUACGGGGCUCCCUGCUGACCUGGUGCAGCACGCGCUGGCACCGCUGACCCGCGGCGAGGGCGUCCUGGUGCGGACUCCAGGUGCGCUGCAGCUGAACCGGGCAGCCCUGGCCCAUGCCUCUGGCCGCCACCUGAGGCUGCUGCCCCAGCAGAGGUACCUGCGGGCGGAGAGGGCUGAGGUCAGCGCCCUGGAAAGGAAGAGGAACGUGCUCUGCUGCCUCAUCACCCGCAUCCUCAAGGUGGAGAAGCAGCUCCACAUUGACAACCUGGUGUUUAGGGUGAUUGAUGCCUGUCAGAAGGGUGAGUUGGGUCCAGGGCUGCAAUUCCUGAGCUUCUGCUGCCACAGUGUGGACGUGCUGUCCUGUGUCCUGCACCUGCUGAACCAGGGCUACCUCCGGCGCCAGGAGGGGAGGCCUCAUGUCUUGGAAUACAUCUCCGCUGAGCCCACAACACCUGUUGGGGGCCAGGCACAGAUGGUUUUCCAGAGCAGGCCACCAGAGGUGUUGAAUCCUGGCACAGGCAGGUCGGAGGAUUUUCUCAUGGCAAUGCUGCAGAUGCCAAUGGGGCACACACUUAGUCCAGAGGAGGCGAAGCUGCUCAUGAACCAGACAGUACAGCAGGUCCAGGAUACUCUGAGCAUCCCGGAUGAUGUUGCUCGACACCUCCUCAUGCACUGCAGGUGGAAUGUGGAUUUCCUGAUCCAGUGCUAUGUGGAGAACCGUGAGACCCUGCUCAUCUCCUCAGGGCUGCAAGUGCAGGAUGCCCAGCCCCCCCCGAGUCCAGGAACCCACUGCCCAGUCUGUGUGAACCAGCUGUGUCCUACUGAGAAGCCACCAACCCUCUGCUGCAUGCACUACUGCUGCAAGCCCUGUUGGAGUGAGUAUCUCACAACUCGCAUUGAACAGAACAUGGUUGUCAACUGCACCUGUCCCAUAUCUGAGUGCCGUGCGCAGCCAACUACAGCCUUCAUUUGUUCCAUCGUUUCCUCCGAGGAGAUUAUAGCCAAGUAUGAAAAGGCCCUCCUCAGAGGCUAUGUCGAGUGUUGCUCCAACCUGACAUGGUGCACCAACCCUCAGGGCUGUGAUCAGAUCCUCCUUAAGGAUGGACUUGGUUACGGGGCAGCCUGUUCCAAGUGCUCCUGGAUAUCCUGCUUCAACUGCAACUUCCCAGAGGCCCAUUAUCCUGCCAGCUGCAGCCACAUGUCUCAGUGGGUGGAUGAUGAUGGGUACUAUGAGGGAAUGACAAGUGAAGCCCAAAGCAAACAUCUGGCUAAGCUCAUCUCGAAGCACUGCCCAAGCUGCCAGGCUCAGAUAGAGAAAAAUGAGGGGUGCCUGCAUAUGACAUGUGCAAAGUGUAAUCAUGGCUUCUGUUGGCGUUGCCUCAAGCCCUGGAGGCCGACUCAUAAGGAUUACUACAACUGCUCUGCUAUGGUGAGUAAAGCAGCUUGGCAGGAGAAGCGUUUUCAGGAUUACAAUGAGAGAUGCACCUUUCAUCAUCAUGCAAGGGAAUUUGCCGUGAGUCUGAGGAACAGGGUUUCUUCCAUCAGUGAGAUGCCAAAAAUUAGGACUUUGACCUUUGUUCUUGAUGCCUGCAAAGUGCUAGAACAGGCACGGAAGGUGCUGGCCUACUCCUGUGUGUACAGCUACUAUAACCAGGACACUGAGAGCAUGGAUAUUGUGGAACAGCAGACUGAGAGCCUAGAGCUGCACACUAAUGCUCUGCAGAUCCUUCUGGAGGAAACCCUGCUGCAGUACCAGGACCUGGCCUCUUCUCUUCAGCUUCUGAAAGCAGAGCAUUUCAGUGCUGGUUUGGAGUUGGUACACCAGAUCAAGGAGCGUCUCUUUGCAAUUCUCUGGCACUCCACACAGGAUUUCCACGUUGGGCUCCAGACUUUGGCAGAUCAUGGUCAGAGAAAGGUGAAACACUCAAAUGUGCCUGCUUCAGCCCCUGCCUGUAUAGGGCCAAAGCGUACCAUCUUGUGUGACUCCCCCAACACAGACGAAGGUGGCAAAGAGGCUGAAGAUGAGGAGUAUGAACCGCAGUGGCAGGAAGACUAUGAUGAUGAUGAUGACCUUGAUGAAGACAACUUUCUCUUCGAUGAUGACUCAGAUAACCUUGAUUGUGACUCCUACUUUGAUGAUGAUGAUGCCUACGACUAG